AAACUGUUUCGGAAAAUGGCUUCGAUAGACGGCCGUCCUGCACAAUAUGGAAUUACCUUAAAACAGCUACGUGACCUUAUGGAACAUAGGGGUCCAGAUGGAAUAGCAAAAAUUACAGAAUAUGGUGGGACACAAGAAAUAUGUAAAAAAUUGUACACAUCGCCCAGUGAAGGACUUAGUGGAUCACAAAUAGACAUUGAACAUAGAAGAGAAACCUUUGGAUCAAAUUCAAUUCCUCCAAAACCACCUAAAACAUUUGCGCAAUUAGUAUGGGAAGCUUUACAGGACAUUACCCUUAUCAUUCUAGAAGUAGCAGCCAUAGUGUCUUUAUUGCUUUCCUUUUAUCAACCUGCAACGGAAGAAUCACAAAUCAUUGCGAUUUUAAUUUCAGUAAUAGUAGUAGUGUUCGUAACAGCCUUCAAUGAUUAUACAAAAGAAAGACAAUUUAGAGGGUUACAGAAUCGAAUAGAAGGAGAACAUAAAUUUGCCGUAAUUAGACAAGGAGAAGUGAAACAAAUCUCAGUCAGUGAUAUAGUUGUAGGUGAUAUUUGCCAAAUUAAAUAUGGGGAUCUUUUACCAGCUGACGGGAUUCUUAUUCAAUCAAAUGAUUUAAAAAUAGACGAGUCCUCACUGACAGGUGAAUCCGAUCAUGUUAAAAAAGGCGAAUCAUUUGAUCCAAUGGUACUGUCUGGUACUCAUGUUAUGGAAGGCUCCGGAAAAAUGCUGGUUACCGCCGUUGGUGUUAACUCGCAGGCCGGUAUCAUUUUCACUCUCCUGGGAGCUGCUGUCAAUGAACAAGAGGCCGAAAUCAAAAAGAUGAAGAAAGAAGCUAAAAAGCAGAGGAAGAAGAAAAGUUUAACAGGCGAUGAAGAAAACGUGACAGGCAACAGCCACAUGAACUCGCCCGCACCAGUAGCAAACAAACAUGAUGAAUCCCAAGGGGGCAAGGAAAACCACGUUCAGUCUGAGAAAGCACCAUCUGAAAGUCACAAAAAAGAAAAGUCUGUUCUGCAAGCGAAACUCACAAAACUGGCCAUCCAAAUUGGUUAUGCCGGUUCCACAAUAGCAGUUCUGACAGUUGUUAUUUUAGUUAUACAGUUUUGUAUUAAAACGUUCGUUAUAGAUGAGAAAAAAUGGGUAAACUCGUACGCUAACUAUCUGGUACGCCACCUUAUUAUUGGUGUCACCGUACUUGUCGUUGCUGUGCCUGAAGGAUUACCCCUAGCUGUUACUAUAUCUUUAGCUUAUAGUGUAAAGAAAAUGAUGAAAGACAACAAUUUGGUACGGCAUUUGGAUGCCUGUGAAACUAUGGGUAAUGCUACCUCGAUCUGUUCUGAUAAAACUGGUACUCUUACAACAAAUCGGAUGACUGUUGUUCAAUCAUACAUUUGCGAACAACUUUGUAAAACAAUGCCUAAGUUUUCUGAUAUUCCCAGUCAUGUCGCCAACCUCAUCGUACAAGGAAUUGCCGUUAACUGUGCUUAUACGUCACGUGUUAUGCCCCCAGACGACGGAAACGACUUACCAAAACAAGUUGGUAACAAAACGGAAUGCGCGCUGUUGGGAUUCGUACAGGGUCUACAGAAGAACUACCAAACUGUGAGAGAUGAUUACCCGGAAGAGACUUUCACUCGAGUAUACACCUUCAAUUCGGUGAGGAAGUCCAUGAGCACAGUCAUUCCUAGAGAGGGCGGCGGUUAUCGAUUGUUCACGAAAGGGGCUUCAGAAAUGAUAUUAAACAAGUGUGCCUUCAUAUACGGCCACGACGGCCGUCUGGAAAAAUUCACAAGAGACAUGCAAGAAAGGUUACUGAAACAAGUAAUUGAACCGAUGGCUUGCGACGGUCUGAGAACCAUCAGCAUCGCUUUCAGGGACUUUGUGCCGGGAAAAGCAGAAAUUAAUCAGGUACAUUGUGAAAACGAACCGAAUUGGGACGACGAAGACAAUAUCGUAAAUAAUUUGACUUGUUUAUGUGUGGUUGGAAUUGAAGAUCCUGUCAGGCCUGAAGUACCGGACGCCAUAAGGAAAUGUCAGAAAGCAGGUAUUACCGUCAGAAUGGUCACUGGUGACAACUUGAACACCGCCAGGUCGAUAGCUACCAAAUGCGGUAUCGUCAAACCCAAUGAGGACUUUCUUAUUUUGGAGGGUAAAGAAUUCAAUAAGAGGAUCAGGGAUAGUGAAGGAGAGGUUCAGCAACACCUUCUCGACAAAGUCUGGCCUAAAUUGCGCGUCCUUGCUAGAUCUUCCCCAACCGACAAAUUCACAUUAGUGAAGGGCAUUAUCGACAGUAAAAUUAGCGAGAACAGGGAAGUUGUUGCUGUUACCGGCGAUGGUACGAAUGAUGGACCCGCCUUGAAAAAAGCUGACGUUGGUUUUGCCAUGGGUAUUGCCGGUACUGAUGUAGCCAAGGAAGCAUCUGAUAUUAUUCUGACUGACGACAAUUUCAGUAGUAUUGUAAAGGCUGUUAUGUGGGGUAGAAACGUUUAUGACAGUAUAGCCAAAUUUUUACAAUUUCAGCUUACUGUCAAUGUUGUAGCUGUUAUCGUAGCUUUUAUUGGUGCUUGCGCUGUACAGGACAGUCCCUUGAAGGCUGUACAAAUGUUGUGGGUGAAUUUGAUAAUGGAUACCUUGGCUUCUCUGGCUUUGGCUACUGAAAUGCCUACCGGAGAUUUGCUUCUAAGAAAACCGUACGGCAGAACGAAACCGUUAAUUUCAAGAACGAUGAUGAAAAAUAUUUUAGGACAAGCAGUCUAUCAAUUAGUUGUUAUAUUUGCAUUACUUUUUGUAGGUGA